ACCCCCUUGAUCGCCCGAAAGGGAUUGCUUGGCAUUGACGGAACUCACGGGACCCAGAAACUGCCCCUCCACGGCUCCUUCCCUUUCUGACUUCUGUUGCUGAUCUCGGACCAAUACAGGCACAAUGUCGAGCCCACUCCGCGUCGCCUUGCUGGUCGUCUCGGACACUGCUGCCAAAGACCCGUCAACCGAUGCUUCGGGAGAGGCCCUGGGCCAAUUGCUUGCCGAUGAGGGUUCCGGAAAGUGGGAGCUUGUCGAGACCAAGAUUGUGGCCGACAAUGUGACGCAGAUACAGCGUCAGCUCAUGCUGUGGGCUGAUGUUGCCGCUCACAGGUUCAACCUCAUCCUGACAACUGGUGGGACGGGGUUCGCCGUGUCUGAUAAUACUCCAGAGGCUGUUGCUGCUCUGCUUCACAGAAAGGCACCGGGCCUCGUCCAUGCAAUGCUUGCUGCGUCCUUGAGCGUAACACCGUUUGCCAUGAUGUCAAGGCCAGUCGCCGGUGUCCGGCACCAAUCUGUUAUAGUCACGCUCCCCGGGUCGCCCAAAGGUGCCAAAGAGAAUCUACAAGCCAUCAUCAAGACAUUGCCGCAUGCCUGCGUCCAAGCUGCCGGAGCGAAUUCCCGUGCGAUCCACGCAGGAGGAGUAAAGAAACUGGAGGCAGAUGCCGGACUGAGCUCAACUACUGAGCAAUCGUCAGCACAGCCUCAUGCUCACCACCAUCACCAUGCUCACGGUCAUGGGCACAACCACGGCCAUGGAGGACACGGCCAUGGCGGUCUCGUCAGACACACCAAGCCAGGCUCGAAUCCGAUUUCAAACGAUCCGAGUCUAGGUCCCAGCAGAAGGAACCGGGAAUCCCCAUUCCCCAUGCUACCGGUGGCCGAUGCGCUUGCCAAAAUCAGCGAGAACACACCCGCACCAGAGAUCAUCACCUCGAAGGUCGACAGCAAUCUCCCUGGCCACGUAUUGGCCCAAGACGUCACAGCAAGGGAGAACGUCCCUGCGUUCCGAGCCAGCAUCGUUGACGGCUAUGCCGUUGUCGUACCCAGAGACGGCAACAUGAAGGGCGUCUUCCCCGUCGUGUCGGUGUCUCACGCCACACCAGGCGAAGUCAAGCCGCUCAACGAAGGAGAGAUUGCCCGCAUCACCACCGGUGCGCCACUUCCGCCCGGCGCCACAUCGGUCAUCAUGGUCGAAGACACGAUACUCAAGACCAUGACAGACGAUGGCAAGGAAGAGAAAGAAGUCGAGAUCCUCGCCGACAACGUCAAGGAAGGCGAGAACAUCCGAGAAGUCGGGAGCGACAUAAAGGCCGAAUCGGUCAUCCUGUCCAAAGGCGAGCAGGCCUCCGCGCAGGGCGGCGAGAUUGGCCUGCUGGCCGCAGUAGGCGUGAGCGAGGUCAAGACGUACCGCAAGCCCGUGGUCGGGGUGCUCUCGACCGGCGACGAGAUUGUCGACCACGACCGGCCCGGCGACCUCCGAUACGGCGAGGUCCGCGACACCAACCGCAUCACGCUCAUCUCGGCGGCCAAGGAGGCAGGCUACGCCGUCGUGGACCUCGGCAUUGCCGGUGACAAGCCGGGGACGCUCGAGGAGACGCUGCGCGACUCGCUGCGCCGCGUCGACCUCGUCAUCACCACGGGCGGCGUCUCCAUGGGCGAGCUGGACCUGCUCAAGCCCACGAUCGAGCGCGCCCUCGGCGGGACGAUUCACUUCGGCCGCGUGGCCAUGAAGCCUGGCAAGCCGACGACUUUUGCCACGGUGCCCGUCAAGCAGACAGAGUCGGGAGCCCGCGUGGACAAGGUCAUCUUCUCGCUCCCCGGAAACCCUGCAUCUGCAAUCGUCUCGUUCCACCUGUUCGUCCUGCCCGCGCUGCAGCAGAUGUCGGGUGUCGAACCCGCCGGCCUGACCAGACUGCCUGUUGUCCUUGCGCACGACUUCCCCUUGGACAAGUCGAGAGUCGAGUAUCAUCGCGCCAUCGUGUCCGUGAGCAAAGACGGAGUCAUCCGGGCGACGAGCACAGGCGGGCAGCGCAGUUCAAAGGUGGGCAGCUUGAAAGGUGCCAAUGCGUUGUUGUGUCUGCCGCAGGGGAGUGAACCCCUGAAAUCGGGCGCCACCGUCGAGGCUCUCCUCAUGGGCGGCAUACGGAGUGAUUUUUGAGAAUGAAUUGGAAACUGUGCGAAGGAGGAUAUGCGGCUCUCGCCAUGCAAUAGUUUGUGUUGACUUCUGCUGAAAGUCGUGGUAGGACUCGAACCAUGUCUAUUCAUAUUCACAUGUGUUUAUCCUCUAUGAUUUAUCCCAAAUUCUAAAUAUAUAACGUAAUCCACAAGUGGGUGAAUCACACAAGUGGAUGAAUCAGUCCCCCGCCACUUUCGUACAGGCUGUCUUCUUU